GAGGUAGGGGGCGAGGUCAGUCACCAAUGGCGAGCAGCUGGAGGAGAACGGUGGGGAACGUCCGGUCGUUCGUCAGCAAUGCGACAGGCGGCCUCCGAGGCGGCGCCAAUCUGGCUUCCUGGGUCGUUGCUGGGACCCUAGCCUAUUUCCUCUGGGUCAAGCCAUCUCGCGACCUCAAGCGCGAGCAAGAGGAGAGGGCGGCUAUUGCGGCUUCAGACCCUUACAAGUUCGUCGAACGGACCCGGCCUAUAGGUGAUCCCCAGCAAAAUGGUUUGAUAUACGGCAACAAGAACAGAACUGAAAAACCCAAGGAAUAGCUGGAUAUACAGUGUAUGUAGGAUGUGCAAAUAUGUUUGUGGGCAUUAUGAUGACAUACAAAGCAAUUUGCAUCCAUUGAUUUGUGUUGAAUGAAUGGUUUUAUGCGGACUCUAGUAUUGUUGCUUAAUGUAGGACAUCUCAUUUGAGAGGUACUGUCUAAAUUGUUGCAGUGCUUUAACAAGUGGUGGGUGGGUUUGCAUGGCAUUAAGGUCCUUCCUUUUAUAUGCUCGACAUAUUAGAGAACUGGAAAAAAGCAUGCCGCAUGAUUUAAACGAUUGCAGUGAAUAUUUCUGAACAAGUUCUUGGAUAACAAGCAACCUAAGGGUUCCUCCGCAAUGUUCGUUCACGGAGGGUAAUAAAUAACCAAAUAUAACACUUGGGCUUUACCAUCACUAUCAUUUUGAAAUUUAUCUAAAUCAGCAGAACACAGCUAAAUCAGAUAUGUUGUGUGUAAAUAAAAUAAGCAUAAAUUGAAGUACGUAGAUUUCUUAGAAUCCUAAGGUGAAAGGAUGAUAAGGAGCACUUGCGGAAAUCCGUAUUGGUUCUUUCAGUAGAAGGGUUUACAUGGCAUUUUUUGUUGUUUUGACUGUCAUUUCUUUUUCGUCAUGGCAAGGCCUGGUUUUCUCACUGGAAUUCUAAUAAUUUUUCACAUAUCUUCAAAAACCAUGUGUUAGAAAAGAAAGGAGUGUAGUGCAAGAAAUCUGUUCAUUCUUGGUGAUGAGAUCUUUUUACGAUAUACUGAAGUUGACCAGCCAAUGGAGUUAAUGCACAGUCCAGUUUUGGCAUUUAUCUUGUAGUCAUAGAUGUUCGGAAUCUAAGACAUUUUACAGAUGCCAUCUGAUAUUGUAACCCUAUAUUAGAGUGGUAGGGUGGUGGGUGAGAAAUUUAUCGGGGGUUAUUCUGCGUGAGACUGGCCUGUGUCAUUUAUAGGUAGUUAAUAGCCUCUGUUAUUG